GGUCUGGGGGUGGCCACCACGCGCCAUGGCCAAGCGGGUCCUGGUAGCCCUGGCCCUGUGGGCACUGGGAGGCCCGGUGGGGCUGCACCACUUCUACCUAGGCCGGGACAACCACGCGCUGUUGUGGCUGCUCACGUUGGGCGGCUUCGGUGUGGGCUGGCUGGCCGAGCCCUGGUGCCUGCCCGGCUGGGUGGCACAGGCCAAUGGGGCCCUGGAGCCGCAGCCUGGCCGCCUGCCCGCCCUGAGCCCCGUACGCUUCCUGGGCCAGGUGGCUGUGGGCACCUACUUCGGGCUGGUGGCGCAGCUGGGCCUGGGCUCCCUGCCCGGCUUCGAACUUGUGGCCCUGCCGCUGGCCGUGGCACUGGGCGUGCACCUGGUGUCCAGUGUGGGCGCGCAGACGGCCAACCUCGGCCACACACUGAUAGCCGCCUUCCUGACUGGCCCCAUCUUCUCCCACCGCUCCGUGGCUGCGCUGCCUGUCAGCCUGGUGGCCAGCGUGGCGGCCCAGCAUCACCGGCGCCGCCGGCCCACCCCGCAGCCCCGCCAGCCUCUGGGCGCCCGGCUCUACCGCCUGGGCCUGGCCGGCUUGGCCUUCACUGCUCCUCUGGUCUAUGGGGCCCUGAGCCACACGACCGCUACUGCUGGGCGCGUGGCCGAGGCCGUGGGCACCGCACUGGGCUGGCUCGAGGUCGUUCCAGCUGCCGGCCGGCUGCUGGGGCGGGCACUGCUGAUGCCCCUUCGGCUGCUGAUGAGCACCGAGUGGGGGAAAAGCCACGAGUUCGUGCAAAGCUUUCACUACCUGCAGCAGCAGCAGGCGUACGAGGUGCUGGGGCUGCCGGACGGGGCGCCCGCCGAGGAUGUGCACCGGAGCUACCGGGAACUGGUGAAGCUGUGGCACCCCGACCGCAACCAGCACCGUGUGCAGGAGGCCGAGCGGCGCUUUAUUGAGCUGGUUGCAGCAGCCUGGAGGUUAACGGACACCCAUGGGUCCACUCCGGGUUCAAAUGGCAUGUGCGUGCCCUGGGCGUCCCUGUCUGCAGCGCUCUGCACAUGUGUGUGCACAGGUGUGCAAAUACAUUGUCACCAGUGUGCACACACACACACACACACGUGUCCAUAUACAUGCAUUCUCACAAAUAUACACAAGUAUGUGCACACAUGAGAAUGCAUGCAUACAUGUGCACACACGUGUGUGUGUGCGUGUGUGUGUGGACUCGCAGGUGAGUGCAUGUGCACUCUGUCUUCCUGCCCUCCCUGCUUGUUUGGCGUUACUUCGGCAGGCCGGGAACAGGUUCCAGCCCCAGCUGCAACGCGGGGCCUGGGGGCGCUGGGCCUGGGAACCUGGCCGUCAUGCAGAUCCAGAGCAAUAAAGCCCUUUGGGCCAUGAGACUCA